UGCGCGGGAGGCGUGUGUCCCUCUCCCAUCCAAAGAGCCUGAACGCAGACGAGUCGCAAAAGCGACUGGACUAAACGCAACAGCUUUGCCGCUCCAACAGAAUGCCGCCAAAGAAUGCAUUCUAGCUGGAAAUGCAAGGGGGCACCAAACAGGCGCAGUAUUUUAUUGAACAUCUCUAUUAUGCUUAUAAUAAUCUGAAAUAUGGCUGAAGUGAAGUCGAGGUGAGUUGCUCUGUUGCUCGCUCAGACAACUGGCUCUCCGGAGCUGCGCACUCAUCUCCAUCCAGUUUUGACGGAUGAAAAUAAACGGAUAGAUAACCUACACUCGUUUUUGUUCUUCUAUCAAUCGAUAACCACUCAACUGUGGAAUCAUGUCGAUGGGACAGGACGAAAGCUCAGUCCGGGUGGCUUUGAGGAUUCGUCCUCAACUGGCCCGGGAGAAGAUUGAGGGAUGUCACAUCUGUACGUUUGUGACCCCGGGGGAGCCCCAGGUGAUGCUGGGUAAAGACAAGGCGUUUACAUACGACUAUGUGUUCGACAUGGACUCCUGUCAGGACAGCAUCUAUGCUGACUGCACUGAGAAACUGAUCGAGGGCUGCUUCGAAGGAUACAACGCCACCAUCUUUGCCUACGGCCAGACGGGGUCAGGUAAGACAUACACCAUGGGUACAGGGUUUGAUGUGAACAUUGGGGAGGAGGAGCUGGGCAUUAUUCCCCGGGCAGUCACCCACCUCUUCAGGGGCAUCGAGCAGCGCCAGCAGGCUGCUAAAGAGCAGGGACGUCCUGUGCCCGAGUUCAAGAUCAACGCACAGUUCCUGGAGCUUUACAAUGAGGAGGUGCUGGAUCUGUUUGACUCUACGAGGGACCUGGAGGCUCGGACGCAGAAAUCCCACAUUAAGAUCCACGAGGACGCUAAUGGAGGAAUCUACACAGUGGGGGUGACCACACGGACUGUAGCCUCCGAGGCAGAGAUGAUGCAGUGUCUGAAGCUGGGUGCUCUAUGUCGUACCACGGCUAGCACCCAGAUGAAUGUCCAGAGCUCCCGCUCUCACGCCAUCUUCACCAUUCACCUGUGCCAAGUCAGAGUCUGUGCAUCCGACAAUCAGGACAACAACGAGACGGACAACAAGGUUGCUAACAGCAACUCGGAGAUGGAAGAGUAUGAGACACUGACGGCCAAGUUUCACUUUGUGGACCUAGCCGGGUCAGAGAGACUGAAGAGAACAGGGGCGACCGGAGACCGAGCUAAGGAGGGAAUCUCCAUCAACUGUGGACUGCUUGCUCUUGGAAAUGUAAUCAGUGCUUUGGGAGACCGAAGCAAGCGAUCCUCGCAUGUGCCUUACAGAGACUCCAAACUCACCCGGCUUCUACAGGACUCCCUGGGUGGAAAUAGCCAAACAAUGAUGAUAGCGUGCAUCAGCCCGUCUGACCGGGACUUUAUGGAGACCCUGAAUGCACUGAAGUAUGCCAACAGAGCCAGGAACAUUAAGAACAAGGUGAUGGUGAACCAGGACAAGGCUUCCCAACAGAUCUCUGCUCUCAGGACAGAGAUUGCCAGGCUACAGAUGGAACUCAUGGAGUACAGGACGGGUAAGCGUUUGGUGGGUGAGGACGGUAUGGAUAGCAUCAACGACAUGUUCCAUGAGAACAGCAUGCUGCAGACAGAGAACAGCAACCUGAGGAUCAGGGUCAAAGCCAUGCAGGAGACCAUUGAUGCACAGAGGGCCAGACUCACACAGUACCUCAGUGACCAGGCCAACCAGGUCCUCGCCAGGGCAGGUGAGGGGAGUGAAGAGAUUGGGAACAUGAUCCAGAGCUACAUCAAAGAGAUUGAGGAUCUCAGAGCCAAACUCCUGGAGAGCGAGUCUAUGAAUGAGAACCUUCGUAAGAACCUGUCCCGUGCCUCUUCACGGCAGUCCUUUUACCCCGGAACCUUCUCCCCUGCCCUCCUGGCCCCCGAGAAGGAGGCCUCCGACAUCAUCGAGAUGGCAAAGAAAGACCUGGAAAAACUCAAGAAGAAGGAGAGGAAGAAGAAGAAGAGUGUUGUCAAGGAGGAAGUCCCCGACAACGACGACAAUGGGACGGAAAAAGAGCUGACUGAGCGGUCCAAUGAGGAGCCUGAGACGGAGGGGCAGGAGGGGAGUGACCACGAGGAAGAGGACGAUGAGGAAGAGGAGGAGAUGGAUGUGGAGGAGAGCUCUGAUGAUUCAGACUCAGAAUCAGAUGAGAAAGAGAACUUCCAGGCGGACCUGGCCAACAUUACAUGUGAGAUUGCCAUCAAGCAGAAGCUGAUAGACGAGCUGGAGAACAGCCAGAGGCGUCUGCACACGCUCAAACAGCAGUACGAACAGAAACUGAUGAUGCUGCAGAGCAAGAUCAGAGACACACAGCUGGAGAGGGACAAGGUGCUGCAGAACAUGGGCUCGGUGGAGACGUGCAACGACGAUAAGGCUAAGAAGAUCAAGCAGGAGUAUGAGAGGAAGCUAAGUCUUAUGAAUAAGGAACUACAGAAGCUACAGUCAGCCCAGAAGGAACACACACGCCUCCUCAAAAACCAAUCAAAGUACGAGACACAGCUCAAGAAGCUCCAACUGGACGUCACAGAGAUGAAGAAGACAAAGGUUCGUCUGAUGAAGCAGAUGAAGGAGCAGCAGGAGAAGAACAGAAUGACAGAGUCCAGGAGGAACAGAGAGAUCGCCAGCCUCAAGAAGGACCAGCGCAAACAGGAGCACCAGCUGAAGCUACUGGAGGCCCAGAAGAGACAACAGGAACUCAUACUGCGCAGGAAGACUGAGGAGGUAACUGCACUGAGGAGGCAGGCCAGACCUAUGUCUGGUAAGGUGACCAGCAGGAAGGUGAGUUUACCAGAGGCCCUCCAGGACUCCUCCCACCGACCCCCCUCAGGACGCCUGCAAUCCUCUGGAUCCACCGCACCCAACGGAACCAGGUCCUACUACAGACGGUCAACGGGCAUAUAUUCCACCAGAGUGGCCAAAGUGAAGUGGCAGUCUCUGGAGCGCCGUAUCUCUGAUGUCAUCAUGCAGAGGAUGACCAUAUCUAACAUGGAGGCCGAUAUGAACCGCCUGCUCAAGCAACGUGAGGAGCUGACCAAGAGGAGGGAGAAGGUGACCAGAAAGAGGGACAGGCUGGCGGGGGAGGGGUCUGAGGAAGAGAAGGUGGUGUUUCCCCUUAACGAGGAAGUGGACACCCUGAUGGCCAACAUCGAUUACAUCAACGACAGCAUCGCAGACUGCCAGGCCAACAUUAUGCAGAUGGAGGAGGCCAAGGAGGAGGUUGACACGGUGGAUGUUUCCGCAGUGAUCAGCUCCUGUACUCUAACAGAAGCCCGUUUCCUGAUGGACCACUUUAUUUCUAUGGCCAUCAACAAGGGUCUGCAGGCAGCCCAGAAGGAGUCCCAGGUGAAGGUGAUGGAGGGCAGGCUGAAGCAGACAGAGAUCACCAGCGCCACUCAGAACCAGCUGCUGUUCCACAUGCUGAAAGAGAAGGCAGAGUUUAACCCCGAACUGGAUGCCCUGCUGGGGAAUGCUCUACAAGAGCUAGGUAACAUGCCAGUGGAGAAUGGGGAUGACAGCAGCAGUGACGAAUUCGCCCAGAGUCCUGCAACAGACGGACACUCUCUGACAUCAGAUCUAAUGAAACUCUGUGGAGAGGCCAAAACAAGGAGCAAGGCUCGUAGGAGAACCACCACUCAGAUGGAGCUGCUCUACGCCAAAAGUGACUCCGUCCCUGACACGCCUUCUGGCGAUUUCUCCUCCCCCUGUCUCCCAUUGGUUGAAACUCCAGAAGAGGGCAGAGAUCCUGAGACCCCCAUUGGCUCGUCAGUCAGGGACAGGGACUAUAUGGCUCAUUCUCCUGGCUUGUCCUCUAAAAUGGGCAGCAUUUCCGGCUCCAGACCUGCCUCCUCCUCAGGGGCGGAAAAAAGAGUUCCAGAGCCCUCGCCGCUCUCUCGCAGGAAGACCUAUGACAAGACACAAUUGGCGGCUAAGAUCAAGGAUAUCAAACACUGUGAUACAAGGAACUCCGACGCCAGCACCCCAUCUCCUCCCUCCUCCCCCUCUAACCGCCCACGUAGCCAAGGCAACGUAUUUAUCCGUCUGACAGGGUGUUUGGAUAGAGCAGACAGACCGCAGGAUAAAGGGGUGAUCAACCCAGUGCCUUCCUCAAAGGGCAGUCGGUCAGCAACACUACAAUGUGUCCAUGUGGCUGAGGGUCACACUAAAGCCGUGCUGUGUGUUGACUCUACCGAUGACCUCCUCUUCACCGGCUCCAAAGACCGUACUUGUAAGGUGUGGAACCUAGUGACAGGUCAGGAGAUCAUGUCCCUGGCAGGUCACCCCAACAAUGUGGUGUCAGUCCGCUACAGCUCCAGCCUGGUCUUCACCGUCUCCACCUCCUACAUCAAGGUCUGGGAUAUCCGAGACUCAGCCAAGUGCAUUCGCACCCUCACGUCUUCUGGUCAGGUGACCCCAGGCGACGCCUGUGCGUCCAGCACCAACCGGACUGUCACCAUCCCGGCAGGAGAGAACCAGAUCAACCAGAUCGCCCUCAACCCCAGUGGCUCUGUCCUGUACGCUGCCGCCGGCAACUCUGUCAGAGUCUGGGACCUAAGAAGAUUUGUAUCCACAGGGAAGCUGACUGGUCACCUGGGUCCAGUCAUGUGUCUGACUGUGGACCAGAGUGGCAACGGUCAGGAUCUGGUCAUCAGCGGAUCCAAGGACCAUUACAUCAAGCUGUUUGACGUGACAGAGGGGGCCCUGGGUGCUAUCAGCCCCACACACAACUUUGAGCCUCCCCACUACGAUGGCAUCGAGUCCUUGGUGGUGCAGGGGGAUGUCCUCUUCAGCGGCUCCAGAGACAAUGGCAUUAAGAAGUGGGACCUAGACCGCAAAGACUUACUGCAGCAAGUGCCCAACGCCCAUCGUGACUGGGUGUGUGCCCUGGGUGUGGUGCCUGGCUCUCCGGCCCUGCUGAGCGGCUGUAGAGGAGGGGUGCUCAAGUUGUGGCAUGCAGACACACUGGGGGCCCUUGGGGAACUCAAGGGCCACGAGAGCCCCAUCAAUGGCAUCUCCACCAAUAGCAGCCACCUCUUCACAGCAUCUGAUGAUCGAACAGUGAAGAUCUGGCGUGCCCGGGGCGGACUCGACAGCACCUUAGACACGACGGCGGACACAGCUGAUGAGGUGACCAGCAACUGAACAUGGCCGUGACCUCCCACCGUGACCCUAAACCUGGGAUGCUGCUGACUAGCACUUUGACCUCUGACCCCUAGCCUUGGAAACCGCCCCCAGCCCCCACAUACUGUAACCAAGACAACAGUGCAAGCCCGCAAGAAUGGAAUCUUAUCUCAGCAAAAGUAGCUGUAGUCGUUCUCCAGAGUGAGAUACUGUAGAUUCAUCCCUAGAAAAUGUCUCCCUAGCUAAAUGUAUCCAGUCUAACCUGUGUGGCCGUAGCACUGGCCUGUGCAGAAUAAACCCUAUUUUGCUUCAUAGACAUCUUUCCGUCUCCGCUCAUAUUAAGUAAUUGAGUGAGCCCACACACACACACACACACACACACACACACACACACACACAGAGGCAGAUCUUGAGUGUUUUUCUGGGCUGGGGGAGUGGUGUGGAAAUUAGAUGAGAGGAAGGUAAAGCCCGGGCUUUGUCGCAGGCCUUCAAGACCCGGACCUGGUUCUCCAGUGGCACAGCAAAGGAAGAGAAGCCUUUCUUCUGCAUUGUAAGCAGAACCACUGUCCUCAACCUUGUUGUCCCUUACCUGAUAUCAACGUGGCUUUACGUGACCUGACACCCCCUUAAGUCGCUCGGUUUUGAUGUUCUUUUGCUUUGAAUUCAGCACCCGCUUUCCACGGGUGACCAAAUCAUGAAACUUCUCUUGUACUUUACCUGUGAACUGGAUACUGUACAUUAACUAACACUACUCUUGUAGCCACUAGCAAAACACCUUCAGUCAGUCACCUCUCUGCUUCCUUAGUCUUUACACUUAGUCCUUACUUACUCUCUAUGUGCAAAUACAAUGUCUCUUUGAGGAUACACUGACUCUCUUCACGCGUCCACUACUCGUCAUUUAGCAAUGUAUGAUUUUCCACUUGAUGCUAUUCCCUCUAAUAAGUUAAUAACUAACCUAAUGCCCUUGCUGCUAAGUUGUUUGCUCACCUUUGACCCAUAGAGGGCUUCUGUUUUGGACUCCAGUUGAGAUACACCUGGUAACCGUAGUUACAUACUUUAUAUAAGAGUCUAUAGUGUGAGGAAGAGAGGAGCCUGUUAUCUGUGCCUGUACUGGAAAGCUCUGCCGAUCCUGAUCUGGUAAGACCCCUAUGUACGGUGGUUUAUCAUGUUUGUGUCAGAUUUGCUGUACAUUUCAACUGGCCUAUUUGUGAUUGGUGUGAGCUGAACUAACUGUCAAAUGAUGUAUCGGAUCCACUGUCUGCUGGGACUAUUGAAUGUUAAAGUAAUAGGAGCAGCAGCCAACACAAUAUGUGUAUAUAUAAACAGUAUUAUACGAAGAAAUAAACUGAAGGUUUGUUUUGUUAAUCACCAAAUUUCGCUCCACAAGGGAAACAAAAGCACCAGAAUUGGGAGACAGUGUUCUAACAGCACUCAUCUCUUUUGAACAGAACCCCUCUCCCUGGCCUUGAGUCAGCCUGUUAUGUUUCCUGGGCUGCGUCCAAAAUGGCACCCUAUUGCAUAGUGCACUACAUUUGACCAGGACCCAUGGAUGAUGUUCAGAAGUUGUGCACUAUAAAGGGAAUAGGGUGCCAUUUUCAGAUGCAACCCCGCUCUGAUUUUAUUGAAUUGUUCUGUUGAAAGAAGCUGUAUGUAUUCAAACCAGUCCUGGGUUCCCCUCUGGAGUUUUUCUGUAAAAUGGCUGACUCUGUACUGUAGCAGAUCUAAUGUCAGAUGCCUGGCGAAAUAAAUGUAAUCUGUCAAAAACCAA